AUGAAUUCUCUUCCUCAACAAUCAACACAGCUUGAUGGAGAGUUAACUGGCCCAGUGGAGGUGGCUCAAUACAACACGACGUCGUUUCCACCACCACCACCACAACAGGGCUUGCAUGCACAAUCUCAUUUCCAUUCAUCAACUCAAAACACCGCUGUCACUUGCUCUUCCAUAAAUGACAUUGAUGACAUCUCUGCUUUUCUCUCCAUUCCACAACAACCCCACACUCUAUCACAAAUUGAUCAACAACCACCUUUUCAUCAUGUAACCUCCCUCAAAAGAAGACUUUCACUGCUUGAUCCAACAUCACUCGCAUCGUUGCAACAACAACUCGCUGCAUUAUCAAGAGACAUUUCUUCUUCGUAUCGACAAUGUGAAGCGAUUUCAAUUCAAUCACCCACAAGUCACAAUUGCAUUCAUAGUAUAACGUCAGAUAUGGUGAACAUGUCACCCAUAACCCAACAAGAAAGGAAGAAACGAAAGAAAAAAGUUCCACAUGCCAUUGUAAAACAGGGUUAUCUCAUGUUUCAUCACUAUGAGACAAAUCCUCACAAUUUGCAAAACACGAGAUUGCUCAUGAGAGAGCCUGUCAUUUGUAUUUUAAACACAAAGAAGAUCCAGCUGUUUAGCCUUAAUUGUUAUCAGAAUCAAUUAGAACAGCAACAACAAUUACUGUUAUCCCUCACUGAAAUUUCUAACUCUUCCACCAACAAUAAGAUCCCAAUUUGUGACAAGUACUCGGCCAAUUUGGUUGGAACUAUUUAUUUAGAUGAUAGAAUUUGCAAAGGAAAGGUAGUUGUGAAAUGGAUCUCCCCAACGUGUUUUAGCGUGUACAUUGAAAAGAACCAAACUCAAGAAUCCUCACUCUCUAAUGACUGUACAGAAAAGACAAUUACUAAUCAUGUAAACACAAUAACCAACCUUAAUAGAGACUCAUGUAAAUCAACGUUUAACGAUCGUCUCAAAAAUUCAACGACUAGAGAUGAAUUUGACAUUUCAAUGUUGCCUGUGGACAUGUCAGCACCAUGCAUGACUACCUCCAUGACAACAGAUAACGACAAUGAUUGUAUCAUGCAUGAAAGAAACACAGAGGAUCGAUUGGUUUUUGAGGCUCCCAAUGAUGCUGAGGCACUCCAAUGGAUGUCACAAAUUAAGCAAGUCGCUGCCACUCUUCACAAUGAAAAUGUUUACAUCAUUAGUGAAUUACUUCUCAAAAUUUUUGAAUACCUCGACGAGAAGACCUUACUAUGUGGUGUUUCCCUCACAAGUAGAAAAUUCUUUGACGUGUCGCAACAUGAUUCUCUGUGGUUCAAUUUAUACAAACAUCACUACGAAAAGAUGUCCUAUGAUAUUAAUUAUUACAGACACAUGUUGCGAAAUAUUUUAAUGACCUCGUCUCAACCAAUAGCUUCCCCAACUCCAAACAAUGAUACUUCCACACCUCACUCCCAAAAACCAGAGAUUAGAGACGACCCAGACGCUCUCUAUGGUGAUCAAGUUACUUGGAAAUACAUUUUCAAGAAACGAAUGACUUAUGAAAAGAAACAUCUCCCUUCACUCACUGACUCUUCCACCUCUAGUCAACCAUCCUCUUCCAGUGCUAGUACCACAACUACAACUGCAUCCAAUACCAAUUCUCAAACUCCAAGUACCACAGGCACUCCACCAUCAUCUGCUUUGAACAAUAACACAAAUAGUUCUACUUCUGAAUCAUCAUCUCAACAACAACAAGUACCCUCACCUCCAUCCCAACCACAGUCAACAACCAACGAGCAGCAGAAUUCUGCUGAAACCAAUACUGAGAAUUCUGCCACCGAACAAAAACCACUGACCAAAGAAAAUGCAGAAAGACUUCUUAAAGAAGAAGAAGAACGAAAACGAAAGGAUGAAGAAGAAAAGAAGAAAACACUUUCGUCACAAUAUCUCAAGAAAGGAAAUGCACUUUUCAACGCUGCUGACAAAUCUUCAAAUCCUUUCGUCAAGAGAAUGCUGUGGAUGUUUUGUGUUGACAAUUACGAGACAUGUCUCAUGCAUAACGAAAAGAAUUGGACAGCUGCUCGAAAUUGGUGUGUUGCUUUAAUACGGCUUGAAAAACUUGCACAUAACUUGAAAACGAACGAUGCACAACUAUAUCUUGUUUUCCUUCUUAACCAAUGCAUUGACAAAUUUGAAAGAUGUGUGAAGUAUGCUCCCAAAAACGAUGAAGUAAUUACACUCUGGGCUGGUACCUAUAGUGACCUUGCUAUUAAGGUUUCAGAUAUUGAGCUCAGUGAUCACUUAUUCAGGUUAUCUCAUGAGAAGUUUGAGGAAGCUGUCAAAAUCAAGUCACAUAUUGGAACCUAUAACGAUUAUGGUAUUAGUUAUUGUGAUUGGGCUGAGAAGAGAAUUCGAUUCCUGAAAAAACGUGUCAAGAUGUCAACCUCUAUUCUCAAGACGGGAGCAAAUACAUAUCUCCUCGACUCUGAUCCCAAGUCACCAAGUAAGACUCUAAAUUCAGGAAAUCCAUUCUCUAGUGCUCCAUUGCCACUUUCUUCCUACUUCCCGAAUACUCAAUUUUCCAAAUACUCUACAUUCACAGCUCCAACUGAAAUUACACUCGAAGAAUUCGAAAAGGAGCGAAGAAUUAUAGAGGGAUAUCUUGACGAAAGUUCCAGGCUCUACGACAUGUGUCUCAAUAUCAAACCAGAUUAUUACCACGCGUUGAAUAAUAAGGGUUUUAAUGAAAAGCUCAAAAUUGACUUGUUAAAAGUUCGAAAGCAUUCUUUAAAGUUGACAGACGAGCAGAUUCGUGAAACAGACAUUGAACGAAAAAGACUCAUCGAUAUAGCUUGUAAUCUUUUCCAAAGAUGUAUCGAGAUCAAGGACUUUGUGAUUGCAAGAAAUAACUUUGGAAAUGUCUUGUUACAGGAAUCCAAAGAAGAGUCUGGUGCUGAGAGAUUUAGACUUUUAAAGCAAUGUAUUUCACAAUAUGAGCAAGCCAUGAUUCUGGAGCCUAACAAUGAUGGAUGCAUUUGUCGAUGUUCCAUUGCUUAUUUGAUGAAGGCAGAAAUUAUUUUGGCUGAAAUCAAGUCUGGAGAAUGUCAAGUACGGUCAAGUUUUGGUACCCUAGAGCAACAACAUGCCUAUCUUGAGCAUUUGUAUGAAAGAGCCAAAGUUGGAUUCAAGUGCAUUAAGAAUGUUUCUCUUUCACAUUACAAUUUGGCAUGCCUCAAUGCAAUUUUUAAUAAGAAAGAAGAAUGCAAAAAGGAACUCUUCUCUUGUGUGGACAUUCUUUCAGAGCAAAAGUUAAGAGAAGAUAAGGAUUUUGACAAUUGUCGAAAAGAGCCAUGGUUCCAUGAACUGAUGGAAACGGUAUCGAAAAGACAAUCGGUUCCCAUUGGGCCAACCAACCAAAAUCUAGAUUUGUAA